CCCGGAAGCGUCCGUGCGGGCGGCGCAGCCGAUGCACAAAAGUUCCGGGACGCCUUUAGUUCCGGGGGGGGGGGUUCCUCCGUCCAGAGCCGCGGCCGCCGCCGCUUCGUCGGGUGCCGCCAUGAUCCCGAUCCCGGUGGUGGUGUGCGUGCUGGGGGGCUGGUGCGCCAUCUACCUGGCGGACACGAUGCUCAAGUCAUCCAGCUCUUUGAAGGCAUCUUAUGAAGACUGGUUGCUGACAUAUGGCUUGAGCAUCUCUCCUUUUCACAUGCGAUGGCAAACAGCUCUCUUCAACCGCCAGUUCUACAACUGGGGGAGAUGGAAACCCAGAUUUCUCUAUUUAUGGUUCAGCAUGGGAAUGGUGUUUGGUAUAGUUGCCAUGUUUGGCUCUGUUAUUCUUCUUGGAAAGACACUGAUGCAGACGCUGACACAGAUGCUAACUGAGGCACCAAAAGCCCAGAAUGAUCGUAUGCUACAAGUUGUGGUGCCUGGUGUAAAUUUGCCUGUCAGCCAGCUGACCUAUUUCUUCUCUGCAAUCCUCAUCAGUGGUGUGAUACAUGAAGUCGGCCAUGGGGUGGCAGCUAUUCGAGAACAAGUACGAUUUAACGGAUUUGGGAUUUUUAUCUUUAUUGUCUAUCCGGGAGCAUUUGUUGACCUCUUCACAACCCACUUGCAGCUGAUAUCACCAGUCCAGCAAUUAAGAAUAUUUUGUGCAGGAGUGUGGCAUAAUUUUGUUCUUGGUGUUGCAAGUUUCAUGGUUUUGUUUCUGCUGCCAGCCAUUCUUUUCCCUUUCUAUUACACGGGUGUUGGGGCACUUGUCACUGAGGUAACAGAGGAUUCUCCUGCCAAUGGACCAAGAGGUCUCUUUGUGGGGGAUAUUGUCACUAGUCUACAGGACUGCCCAAUCUAUACUGUAGAAGACUGGAAUUUGUGUCUGGGAGAUAUUUCACAGAAGUCGCAGAUCGGCUACUGUAUAAAUACAGCCACCCUACAACAAUUAAGCUUUCCAGCUAGAGUCUAUAGAAGACUCGAUGGCACAGUUGAAUGUUGUAGUAACAACAGCCUCACAGACAUUUGCUUUUCAUACAGCAAUAGCUUGGACAGCCAUCUGUAUGCCUGUCUACCAGCACGAAAAGUUAUCGAGGCCAGCAAAGUUUGUCGAACCAACAUGGACUGCCAGAAGGACUUUGUUCCAAGCUUUUGUGUGACUCCUUCUUUAGAAAAUCAAACAAGGUUAAUCAGGGUAAAACAUCCACCCCAUAUUGACAUGCUGUUUGUAGGACACCCUAUGCACUUACAGUACACAGUAAGUCUCAGCAGUUUUGUACCACGACAUAACUUUCUAAGCAUCGAUCUGCCUGUGGUGAUAGAGACAUUUUGCAAAUACCUAAUAUCACUGUCAGGAGCAUUGGCAGUUAUCAAUGCUGUACCCUGCUUUGCUUUGGAUGGUCAAUGGAUAUUAAAUUCUUUCCUGGAAGCCACUCUGAGCUCCUUGAUUGUAGAAAAACAAAACAGAGAGCUUGUUGGCUUUUUAAUUUUGCUUGCUGGUAGUACACUUUUGGCUGCCAAUGUUGCACUGGGACUUUGGAUGGUGACAGCACGAUAGAGGAUUGGUUAUCCAUCAGUUCUCACAGUACGCAGAGAGAAUGAAUCCAUUGCUUUUUAAAACUUGUUCAGUACAGAGAUUGAAAUAAUUCCCUUAAAAUGACACUGAAAGAAAAUCACUGGUGGCUGCUGUUGUAACUUAAAUCUGUACAACGUUUUGUCUGUCGUCAUGGGAAGACUAAGAAAAAGCAGUAUGAAUCUUGUCGUGUACUCUUUAAGCACUGUACUAAUUUUAGAGAAGUUGCAUUGUAAAUCUUCACAGGAAGAAGCCUAAUUUAUUAACUUAAAUCUCAGAAUAAGAGAAUUAUUUGGCCUCAAACAUUUGUAAAGUGGGAGGAAAAAUACACUUAGGUUUUAUUUUAUAAUCUGAACAAUUUAAAACAAAUCUGUGUGGCCUCUGAUCAUUUUUCAGUCAGCAUAAUCUUCAGUGUCUUUGUUCUGUAUUUUAAUCUGGUGUUGUAGCAAACUGGACUCUAAGAAGCCCUUAAGUCUCAUAUCAAAAUGGUGUAAAGCUAAGCAAAUGAUUACCAUGUGUUAAUGAGGGGAGAGAGCCCAUAUGGAUUAGUGUGUUUCCUUUUCAGCUGGCCAAACGACUGGAAGCAUCCUCAGGAUGUAAAUUGGAAGUGCCUAUGUCUGUUGAGAAUGAGGUAUGUGGGAGGAUAACAAAGCCCACAUGUUUCUUACACAUUCGGUUGUAUAUUACCACACACAGCUGAAGAUAUUUUCAAUAUCUCAAGUCAAUAUUUCAAGUUUCAAUAUUUCAAUAUUGAAAUAUUUCAAGUCAAUAUUUCUCAGCAAUAGCGAGGCAAUAAAGAAAUUUAGUUUCUGAGUGCUGAAAAAUGCUGUGCACAAUUAUUGCUAAAUGGUAAAUAAUGUUCAUGUACUCAAAAAAUAAUACUGUAUUAUACCUGUUUACAGUUAAAAGUGAAGCCUGUUCUUACAGCGUCUAUCUUCUGAUUCUGUGAAUGCAAUAUGCCCAGUUACUCACUGACAUCUCUGUCUUUCAAAGGUUUGUUUUCAUUAUAAUUCAUAAUAAUAAGUUCAUAGAAGAUUUUUUAGUUUAUAGAAGAUUCAUUAUAAUUGAAGAAGUUUUGUUGAAGCUGGUCUUGUAUCAGAAUUGUUUAGAGGAAGAAUAUGAUUGUGAAUCUGUUUUAAUAUUUGGCUUUGCUUUCUGAACUUAAUAUGGACCUUGUACUUGUUUUUAAAAGAACAGUGGAAGAAUGACCAGUGUUUUGCUGACUGAGGUAUAUCUGACUUAUUCUGAGACCCUUUAAGUCUGUAACAGUCUCAAUAUGAUUAUACAUGUUAAAAAAAAAAAAGGCUCUGGUUUGGAAUCCCAUAUAAUUGAAACAGGGAAAAUUUGAAAAAUACUCUGCAACUUCUAAACUGUAUAAUGCUCCCACCAGGAGCUGCGGCAGCUCAGAGUUCCUUUAAUGAGGUGGCCUUUCCAUUCAAGAAAGUAGAAGCUAAGCUAAUGGAUACAGGCCUGCAAAGAGCCAUGAAGCCAGUGCUUCAUGACUGGCUCGAUCGUGGCCAAUUCAUAAUCAGCUAAAACAGAUUCUCUUGGCACUAGAGGUAGAAGCCUGGGUAAUUUCAACAGCGGGGUUGGGUGCUAUUCCUGGUGCUACUGCAUGGAUUCCUAACUCCAAUGUUUGCAUUUGGCCACUGAUGCAUUACUGUAUUUUUGCACAGGAGCCUUCACACUUACUUAAGAUGUAUUCUUUUCUCUUAAGAUGAUGCAAACAGUAAUGAAAGAGUGUACUUGCUUGCUUGUUGUUGUGUUAGUUUACUUCUCUUCAGUGCUAUCAGAGGCUCAGCCUCCUGAAGUUCACCUCUGUGGGGUGGCAGGCCUGUGCCUCUGAGUUUCAACCAUUUCAAUCCAGGCUUCUCUGCACAGAUCCUGGUAAGGGAGAGUAGAGUAAAUCCGUCAGCCGAUCAAGCAGGAGUGCAUCCCCGUGGGGACUAUUAGAAGUCACAAAGUGCAAGAAAGGAAAAAUAAACUAGCAGACACUGCCAACAGGCAUCUCUUUCUUCAGGAGUCACCUGGAAAAGUAUGGUUCAUCGUCACUCCCAGUAAUUUGCAGAAAUUUCAGAGUAGCCAUUCUGAUGUUCUGUUCUUCCCUCUCUCCUUGGACAGCAGUGACAUGAGCAGCCUGGUUCUUACUCAAAGCUUGGCUCUGAAGUGAUGCUCUAGAAGUCUGUUCGCUCACCUAAGUAACUACUUACUAAUCUGAGCUCUUCCUUUCCAGGCACAAUGCCACUUUCCUCUGUCUCUGUGUCUUGUCCAGUUGCCAGUGCACAAGAUUAAUUUGCACUUUAGGAGUUUAAGUGCAAGUUAGUAAGAGAGAUUAUUUACUUUUCAAAAAAGCUACUAUUUAUGUAUCAGAGUUGCAGUGCUGUCUUAAUCUCUAAAGGAACAACAAACGCAUCUAGGGUGAUUUAAAAAAUAUUCUGUGGAGAACAUUUCAAGUUUGAUGUUUUAUAUAUUCAUGUUGAAUCCAGCUGCUUGGGAUAAUCUGUUUAGCAUCGUACUCCUCCUGGCAAUGGAAAGGAGAAAAAAAUUUGAAUAACAUACACAAGAUACAGCUACUAUACAGAAGCUGGCAGGUUGUUCCUUGUUAUUUAAUGUGCUACAAAAACAUGAUGUUUUACCAAAAGAAUUUAUUUUACUUUAUAUCACAGAAAGUCACUUUCACUAAAUAAAACUUCAAUCUGUGUUUGACCUCAUAAUCAAAACAAGAGUGGAGAAGACACAUUGGUCAUGGCUUCACCAAAACAGACAAGUUAGCACACUGUAAAGACCCUAGAUAACAUCUGUGGUAGAGGUAGUACUAUAAAGGUUUAAAAAUAUUCAUGGGUCCAUUUCUCCAUGUACUGGAAUUCUACUGAAUAAGGAUUAUGUACAUAUAGGUGCUUUGAAUCAGGGCUUUAAGCAAACUGGGAUCACUUUGUAUGAAGGGUGACCCAGCACAUAUCUUAGAUUACCUGUGGGCAAAGGGAAUAGUUAAGCUGGACCACUGUGAAGAAAAAGUUGUUGGUUUCAGUGGUUCCAUUUUAUUUUUUAUAUUUUCCAUUUUGUAUUCUGAUAAGCAAUUGCGGUUUUUUGCUUACAUAUAGUUAUUGGGAGUUUUAUUGCUGUUUUGUUUGUUUAACAAGAUUGACUACAGAAGGGCACAGAAUGUUUUUUGUGUGAUUUUGAUUUUUACUCCUGGGGUAUUUGCGACGUUUCUUCUAUUUAUAUUUUUGUAAAAAUUAAAAAGAAAUCUUUCCUUAAAAUAAAAUCUUUUCAAUUCUCAUUCUAAUUAGCCCCUCAGAAUAUAACUUAUUCUUUAAUACAGAAUCUAUCAGUGUCAUUAUAGAGGAUAAUGACUCAAGUGUAAAACAGAGCACUCUUAAAGAUUGGAUGGAUACUACUAUAUAUGUAUAUACUAUGCUUUUUAAAUCUGUAUCAGAUGGAAAAAAUAAUGUGUAACAUUAGGAGGUGUUGUAUGCUUUUACUUGAUAAUUGUCAGAAUUCCAUAAGUGUAAUCAGUUCUGAUUUAUUUGUUUGUUUUAUAAGAUUUUUUUAUAUCAGCAAAGACUUCCAUAGCAUGUUCGGAUAAUGCAUGAUGUGACACGAUAAUGCAUAACUUAGCAUGUAGGAUGUUACACGGUCAUUGUUAAUUUAGGAAAUUAAAACCAGCUUGAUUCCUUACAUGUUAAAUGAAAGAGACUUCAAAAAUGAAAGAGACUAGGAAAAUUGCAGAUAACUUUAGACUGACUAAUCUGCUAGCUUAUGAGUCAGAGUGAAAAAUCUAUUAACUUAUCCUUUUGAAUUAGAAUGAAACAACCAACUGUGAUGACAAUGACAUUUAUCAGUGUGAUGAUUCUGAUUUUUUUGUGUAUAUACAUACAUAUACAUCUACAUACACAUGUAUAUAUGAGUGUAUGUGUGUGUAUAUACAUAUAUACAUACACAGCCACAGUCUAUAUCGCAGCUUUUUUAGGGAUAACUUCUGGCAGUCCUCUAUAUUCUGCAGUGUUGGCAUUUUUCUUUCUCUGUAUGAAUUCCUUGGCUUUCUCUACAUUUUAAAAUUGCAGCUGUGUUCUCCUUCUGUAACCGAUCUAUAGGGAUUUCUUAUCAGAAGAUGUGUAAUGGACAUAAUGUAACCACAGCUGCAUGAGUCCUGUUCCGCUGAUGUUCAGAAUACAUUUCCUGCCUUCUGAGAGGCCUCAGCUAUAGGCACAGUAAACAAAGAUUUCCAGGGCAAUUAAAAGAGGUUGACUUCAGAAUCUAUCACUCUCUAAAUGCUGCUGGUUUUGCUAAUUUUGCAUGUUAACUGGGAUGAGUGAGACUGUGUAGAGUAUACUGAUGAAACCUUCGCAUGGCAGCCCGGGUGUUCCAGGUUUCUUGAAUACCUUGCUACAAGACAGAUUUUUGUUCAAUCCAAGUUUCCCAGUAGUUUCCUAUACACUUUACAGGAUGACAAAGGGUGCCCUGUAAAAAAUAGAUUUGAUUUUUUGUUUUAAUGAAUUCUAUUUAUCUUCUAUCUGAAAGAUCUGCAUUUGUAUCUAGAUAUUAUUUAUGACAGAAGAAAUGACAGAUGAAGAAGGGGUUGAAAGGUUUAUGUAGCCUACACAGUAUUUAAUUGUUUUUAGAAGUUGUGAUUUUAACUCUGGAAAUGCAUAGUUCUUUGUAAAAUACAUAUCGUGUACACUUGCAUUUAGAUCAGUUCCCACAGCUUUUGUCUUGCCUUAGCUUUGUUCUUGUGACCUUGUGAGUAAGGAAGCUCAAUCUAACUCAGGUAAGAUGUAGUAUUAGAAGUUUUUAUACCCUUUUUAUCCUGAACUGCAUGUAAUGCUACAUACAGAUUUGUUGUUUAAUGUAGCUGUAUGUACCUGUGUAUGUAUUGUAUAUGCUGUAUUAAUGAAGCAUUUGUGGAGCAUUGUACUAGGGACUGUCAGCAAACAGAAGCUUUGGGACUCCUCCUUGUUCCUUGGAUUCAUCCACUAUGAUCAUUUGAAGAGCAGAUGGCAAGGACUAAGGGAGUGAAGAACCUCAGUUUAUGGCAGCUUUAUGAAACCUUCACAAUGCGGAGCUAGCGUGAAAAGAUAGGGACAAAGAGCAGGAUAUGACACUGCAAUUCCAGUCAUUCCAUUUACAUCAGCAUGAAAUGUGAAAAGAACUUGUAAUUAACAUUUCAGAGCAUGCAGAUACAUUUUCCAGUCCUUCACUGAAUCAUUCAAUGAGAUGCUCAAAUUUUUUUUUUAACUUUGUUGUUCCACUGAUAAAUGUGUACUUAACAAGUGGUUGGGGUAGUUGUAGUUUAUUUAUUAAAAUGGACUUGGAUAUUUCUUACUUCUAGGUGUUUAUCCUUUUUUUUUUUUUUUUUUUGUGGCAUACCAUAACUGGCCUUCACUUAGUAGUUUGAAAGUUCAAAGUCUAUUUCAAAACCAUCAUAAGAGAAAUCUGAUUUCUUCCUUCCUAAGUUGGAAUAUUGUUAAUAUUUUUAAUUCCUCUUUUCCUUAUAUAAUUUUAUGUUUACAUUUCAUUUGUUUGUAUGAUCUGAUCUGAAGCCUGUCAAUGGAAUAUGUAUUGUUUUGAAAUUCACUAUUUUUUUUCCUCUACGUAGCCUUAUUUUUCACACUGACUCACAGCUGUGGAAUGUUAGAUUUCUAGACCCUUUGUUCCCACUAUGUAUUGUUCACAAUCAUUUUUUUUUUUUUUUUUUAAAAAAAAAAAAAAGGUGGGGGGGAAGAAAGCUUCAUUUUGAAAAUGUCAGUUAACAAAUAUAUGGAACGCUUUGAAUAAUGUAUUGUGUUUUUGUUGUGCUCUUUUUCUCUAUUUAAUCAACCAAACAAUAAGUAUUGUUUUCUAUGUAUGAUAAAUAUAUCCUGCAAAUAAAUUCAUUGUUUGAUUGUUAAUGUGUUUAAAUCUGUUUUUAAAAAUAAGGUAAAAUGACGUAAUGCUGUGUUUAUGGCAAUUACUAUAUUCCAUCUCAUUUUCUCACACUCCUCAUAUGUAAUUUAUAUCAUCUAUCUAGGUACCCACAAGCUUACCACUACCCUUUUUAUUACCUGACCACCUCCUAAAAUUAAUAAUAACUGUCAAUUUGCUUUCUCUUAUUUACCAGCUUAUCAGAGUAAUAGUUUGAUUUAUAAUAGAAGUACA